GAGACGCUUCCCACCUUCUGUGGCCCGGUCUCACCCCGCAGAGAGCAGGAGCUAAGAGGCACUUAAACAACCCAGCGCAGCUGGGGGCUUAGUCUGGCUUUAGAAAAGUCAGUUCCUGAUGGCUAGUGUAGGAUAUGACUAUGACAGAAGUUUUGUACAGUAGCAGCUCUGGGCAUCCAACCAGCUGGUGACACCUACACAAGAACCGCCCCUUACCAGACAACUUCCUCAGCGCAGGAUGAUGUUUCCCAGACCCCUGCUGCUGUGUCUCCAGGGCCUGCUGCUGGGCAGGUUUGCCCAGACCUGCCCGCCCCCCUGCCAGUGCUAUGACGGAACAAAGGUGUUCUGCUCUGGGGAGGAGAUCUGGGGCAUCCCCGAGAGCCUUCCGGGCAAUGCCACUCAGCUCUUCUUCGUGGAGACCUCCCUCACCACUGUCAGGAGCGGGGCCUUCAGCAACUGCAGCAGCCUCGCCAGGCUGGUUUUCCUUAACAACCCAAGCCUGGCCCUGGAAGUGGGCGCCUUUGGGGAGCGGUCCAGCCUCGCCGAGCUCGAGGUCUCAGGCAGCAAUUUGUCAGCCCUGAGCAGCGCGGCCUUCAGCAGCCUGCUGGAGCUGCGCAAUCUCUUCCUCACCUUCAGCGCCCUCCGAGCCCUGGAGCCAGGGCUCUUCAACCGCACGCCCAGCCUGGAAGCACUUCACUUGCAAGGGAACCAGAUAGAGACCCUGUCCCCCAUGGUCUUUUCCCCGCUGAGGGAGCUGAGGGUGCUCGACCUGUCUCACAACCCCUUGGCCCAGCUGCCUGACAGGCUGUUUGACCCGCUCGCCCUGCUCCAAGUGCUGAAGCUGAGCAACAUCAGCCUCACCCGCCUCCCGCUCGGCAUCUUCCAGCCCCUGAGGAGCCUCAAAGACCUCUCUCUGGAUAGGAACGUGCUGGCGGAUCUGCCCCCGGGAGCCUUCUCCGGGCUCUCCCACCUGCAGAGACUGGAGCUCAAGCACAAUGCCCUCACAAGCCUGCGCCCCUGCAUCUUCUCCGACCUGUCGAACCUGGAGGUCCUAAACCUGGAGGGCAACCACCUCUCUGCACUCCCUGCCAGCCUGCUCCGCGGCACGCCUAAGCUGGGCCAGCUCUUCGCUGCCUCCAACCGGCUUGAGACCAUCCCUGAGGGGAUCUUCAGCAAUCUGCUCCAGCUGCAGACCAUUGUGCUCUCACACAACCAGCUCACUCACCUGCCCGUGGGGGCCUUCAGAGACCUCUUCAGCCUCACCACGCUGCAGCUGGACCACAACAACCUCACUGCCCUGGCGGGGGAUACCUUCCACAGCCUCCUCAGCCUAGAGGUGCUGGACCUGGCUGGGAACCGCCUGCAGGUGUUGCCUGAGGGGAUCUUUGACUCCAACGACUACCUGUUCGGUGUGGCCCUGAAGGACAACCCCUGGGUGUGCGACUGCCGGCUGGCCUCUCUCUCUGGCUGGAUCCGGAACUGGUCCGCGCCCCUGAACUCUCAGACCUUCUGCACAAGCCCUGACCACCUAAAGGGAUGGGCGCUCCCGGCUUUACCUCAAGAGCAACUGGUGUGUCUGGCUGCUCCGGGCCCGGCAGACUCCUUCUUGUCCUCGGGAGAAGCAGAGACAGCCCGGGCCCCAUGUACCUACGAUGACCCUGAAGGCACCGUGCAGCUCGCCUGUGACACAGCCGCAUGCCACCGGUUAACGGUUCAUCUCCCUCCACAAGGGGACUCGACUGGCCGGGGACUGGCCUACAAUAGCGACUGGGUCUUGAAUUCCAGCUGUGGCACAGUGAGGGUCUGGGUCACCAUCCGUGCAGAGCCAGGAGGGAUGGCAAGGGAGGAAGAGGCUGUUUCUCACAACCCCUAUUCUGAGCCUUAGACCGAAGCUCUCCCCAGUGGGCUGGUGCCAUUAAAAGACACAACCGGAGUGAUGGGUUGUU